CAGGCUCCAUCGGGCUGUGCUGUACGAUGGAUGUCCUUUUAUUUUGGAGGCCGUCCUUUCGUCCUCCUCAUUAAGAUUGAUUGAUGCACCUCUUCUUCCUCCUCGUCCCUUCCACCGGAUUUAUCGGCGAGCGCGCCAUGAAUUCCACUCUCUUCAUCAUCGGCGUCAUUGGGAACAUCAUCUCAGUUCUGGUCUUCGUUUCUCCCAUCCCGACGUUCUGGAGGAUCGUGAGGAGCAGGUCGACGGAGGACUUCGAGGCGGCGCCAUAUGUGCUCACGCUGCUCAACACGCUCCUAUGGCUCUACUACGGCCUCACCAAGCCCGACGGCCUGCUCAUCGCCACCGUCAACGGCUUCGGUGCCGUCAUGGAGACCAUCUACAUCGUGCUCUUCCUCGUCUACGCCUCCGACAAAGGCAAAAGGGUUAAAACCGCGAAGUUGGUGGCAGCUUUGGACAUUGGGUUUUUCGGGGUCGUUUUCGCCGUCACAUCAUUUGCCAUUGGUGGGCUGGACAUGAAAAUCAUGGUUAUUGGCUUGAUAUGUGCAUGCCUUAGCGUGUUCAUGUAUGGGUCCCCACUCGCUGCCGUGAGAACGGUGAUCACUUCAAAGAGCGUGGAGUACAUGCCCUUCUUCCUCUCCUUCUUCCUCUUCCUCAACGGAGGAGUCUGGGCCACGUAUGCAAUACUCGACGGAGACGUCUUCCUCGGGGUCCCAAAUGGGAUAGGCUGCUUCUUGGGCGCCAUCCAGCUGGUUAUCUAUGCGGUGUACAUGAACAGCAAGGUCGGCUCUCGCUCUCAUGGCAAUGACGAAGCAGCGUACGAUGCUUCGGCUUCUCUUUUGUCCUCUAAGGCCAGUAAACAUGGCCAGCAUGAUGUAUCCGUUUCCGUUUAGUGGUUGUGUAAAAUUAUGUAAUUUUCUUUGAUUAAAGUCCAAUUCUCCGAGCAAUGGUAACCAUGCCCUCAAACUCUCCCCGCAUGUCCGGGCGGACAACCUGGUCACCGUUCGCGACAGAGAACGCCACCGAACAUUACUCCCGAAUUCAUUCCAAACA